AUGGCUCUCGAGGCGGAGGCUCGGCGUAUGAUCGUGGAGUUCGAGUAUAGCAAGGAAGAUGUGAACAAGGGUGUAAAGGAAUUCAUCCGGGAGAUGCAGGAAGGUCUGGAGAAUGACGGUGCCACCUUGAGCCAGAUUCCAACCUAUGUCACGUCAGUCCCCAAUGGCACGGAAAAGGGUGUCUAUCUGGCCGUUGACUUGGGAGGGACCAACUUCCGAGUAUGCUCAAUCACCCUGCAUGGAAACCAGUCGUUCUCUUUACAGCAGUCGAAAGUCGCAGUCCCGCGUUCCUUGAUGGAGGCUACGCAUGCCAAAGACCUAUUCCAUUUCCUUGCUCAGCAGAUAGAAGCAUUCCUCAAAACGCACCACGAAGAACAUUUCUCGAAGCACCGCAACAAUCCGGUCGAACAGGACUUUUUCGACCUAGGCUUCACAUUCAGCUUUCCCGUGAACCAGAUUGGUAUCAAUAAGGGAAAGCUCAUGAGGUGGACCAAAGGAUUCGAUAUUCCAGAGGCUAUUGGCAUGGAUGUUUGCGAGUUGCUGCAGAAAGAGAUCGACGCUCUGAAACUUCCUGUCAGGGUCGCAGCACUGGUCAACGAUACGGUGGGCACCUUGAUGGCAAGGUCGUACACGUCUCCUGGCAAGACCAAGACAUUGAUCGGUGCCAUUUUUGGCACGGGCACAAACGGAGCGUACGUGGAGAAGUUGGACCGCGUCAAAAAGAUGAAAGCGGUUGACGAAGCUGGUGGUGGCGCGAACUACGAAAAGUCUACCGGUCUCAUGGUCAUCAACUCAGAAUGGGGCAGUUUUGACAACGGUCUCAAAGUGCUUCCCACCACCCAAUUCGACAUAGAUUUGGAUCGUGAGUCUGUGAAUCCUGGAAUCCAGAUGUUUGAAAAGCGUGUAUCCGGCAUGUUCCUUGGCGAGAUCCUACGACGGGCACUGUUGAGCCUCCACCAACAUCCUGACGCUGGCGUCGCCCUGUUCAAAGACGCAACAUCGCACGACAAUGACAUCAAGAGUACCACGACAGUGGCAGAGGACAGUGCACUUUUCAAGCAAUGGGGCAUCGACACGUCGUUCCUGUCCAUCGUAGAGGAAGAUCAAUCCGAUCAUCUACGAAUCACCAAGCAAACUCUCGAGAAGGAGCUGAACAUUGGGGCAGCAUCCACAGAAGACUGUGUAGCUGUCAAGAUGCUCGUGCAUGCCAUAGGUAAAAGAGCAGCUCGCUUGAGUGCGGUCGCGCUUGCUGGUAUAAUUAUCGCGACAAAUAAGUUACAGGAGGACGAGAUUGUUGAUGUAGGUGUGGAUGGCAGCUUGGUUGAGUAUUACCCAGGCUUCGAGGAGUAUAUCCGCGAAGCUUUCAGGGAGAUUGAGGGUAUCGGCGAAGACGAGAAGCGUAUCCGGAUUGGACUUGCGAAGGACGGCAGUGGUUUAGGUGCUGCUCUUAUUGCGUUGGUUGCGCACGACUCGGCUGUGGCACUGUAG